AAGAACGAAUGAACUUGAGCGCGCGGCAUUAUUCUGAUAUAAAAAAUAACAGUGCGAUCUGCAAUUAUUGCAGUAGGAAUAAAGCACUUAAGUCUGUCUAUAGCGAUUCUGCUGUUAAUUCGGGCAAAUCUAACUACCAGCAGCAGAAUAAUCAUCAAUCGAAUCGAGGCUCCUCCAACCGACACCGUAAGUACAAAAAAGAGAUAGAUGUGCAGCACAUCACGGAGUGUUUCCGCGAAAUUGGCGGCAUGGAGGAUACGCUUAAGGAGCUUUGCGAGAUGUUCAUACACAUUAAGUCGCCGGAUUUCUAUUUUCAAUUGGGACUGAUGCCCUCGAGGGGUAUCCUGCUGCACGGACCACCCGGCUGCGGCAAGACCUUUCUGGCCCGUGCCAUAAGUGGACAACUGAAGAUGCCGCUGCUUGAAGUGCCGGCCACUGAGCUAGUUGGUGGCAUAUCCGGUGAGUCCGAGGAGCGCAUACGCGAGGUCUUUGAACAGGCCGUGUCCUUUUCGCCUUGUGUUUUGUUCAUUGAUGAGAUCGAUGCCAUUGCCGGUGACCGCCAGCACGCUGCCAAGGACAUGAAUCGUCGCAUUGUAUCGCAGCUGAUAAGCAGCUUGGAUAACAUGAGGAUGAACGAGCUUGGCCACUCAGUGAUAGUGAUUGCUGCCACCACGCGUCCUGAUGUCCUAGAUCCCGGCCUGCGUCGUAUUGGUCGCUUUGAUCACGAAUUUGCUUUACGCAUACCGACGCGCAAGGAGCGUCGCGAGAUCCUCCGUCUUCAGUGCGAAACCUUGACCGUUGAUCCUAAACUGAACUAUGACAAGAUAGCUGAGCUAACACCAGGAUAUGUGGGCGCCGAUCUAAUAGCCCUCGUUUGCCGUGCCGCCCACGUGGCGGUGAAGAAUAGGUCCCUCAAGAAGUUCCGGGAACUUCACAAGGCCAAUGAGCUGAAUAUGACCACUGUGACGCUGGAUGACGAUGAGGAGGCAGCGGACAGAGUUUCCGAAAAGGAAGUGGAUGUAAAGCCAAAUGGUGACGUCGAAAUGAAAGUCGAAGCUGAUGGCGAGAAGGAGGAAAAGGAGAAAGAGAAGAUUGAAAAGGAAGCCGGUGCUGAGAGCGAUAAGGAGGAAAAUAAGGAAGCGGAGAAGUCGAAGGAGGUCGAAAUAGUAGUCGCAGCUGAAACCAAGAGUCCCAAAAAGGCAGCGCCAAAGAAUGACAAUGAAAAAGAUAAAUCUAAUGAAGAUAAGGAGGAGGAGAUGGCAGCUAAAACCGAAACUAAAGCCUCCAAGGAGGCCGCGCCGACUAAUGGCCAAAUAAAGAAAACAACGGACUCUAAAAUGGAGGUGGACGAGAAGAAGGACGAAGAUGAGAAGGAGGACGAAGACGAGAAGGAGAACGAUCCUUCCAAGGAGAGCUCCUCCGAAAACGAAUAUUACGAGCCUACACUGGCUGAGCUAACCAACUUUCUGGACAAUCGCCCCGACGACUUCUCCGAUCCAAACUUCUGCCUCACCCUGGCCGACUUCCUGGAAGCCAUCAAGGGAAUGCAGCCAUCCGCCAAGCGUGAGGGCUUCGUUACGGUGCCGGACACUACUUGGGAGGACAUUGGAGCCUUGCAUGAUAUUCGCGAAGAGCUGAAGCUGGCUGUGCUGGCGCCGGUCAAAUAUCCGGACAUGCUGGAACGCCUCGGACUGACCGCUCCCUCUGGAGUCUUGCUCUGCGGUCCGCCGGGAUGCGGUAAAACUCUCUUGGCCAAGGCCAUUGCCAAUGAGGCUGGCAUAAACUUUAUAUCGGUGAAGGGUCCAGAGCUGAUGAACAUGUAUGUGGGUGAGAGCGAACGUGCUGUGCGCGCCUGCUUCCAACGUGCCAGGAACUCGGCCCCCUGCGUCAUCUUCUUCGACGAGUUCGACUCGCUCUGUCCCAAGCGUUCCGAAGGCGGCGAUGGCAACAACUCAGGGACACGCAUUGUCAACCAACUGCUGACCGAAAUGGAUGGUGUGGAGGAGCGCAAGGGUGUUUAUAUUUUGGCGGCCACCAAUAGACCCGAUAUAAUCGAUCCAGCCAUUCUGCGUCCAGGUCGUUUGGACACAAUUCUCUACGUGGGCCUACCGGAGGAAAGCGAGCGUGCCGAUUUUCUAAAAGCCAUCACAAAGAACGGAAAGCGUCCUUUGCUGGCUGAUGAUGUGAAUCUUGACAAGAUUGCUGCACAAACUGAAGGCUACACUGGUGCCGACUUGGCGGGAUUGGUUAAGCAGGCUUCCGUGUUCACCCUGCGUCAAUCUCUGAACGAUGGCAACACAAACCUUGACGAUUUGUGUGUGCACAACCAGCAUUUCAAAGAGGCUCUACUUCAGCUUCGCCCCUCAGUUAAUGAACAGGAUCACAAGAUUUACAAGAAACUGCGCGAGAAAUACGCUGCACCCAGGGUGCCAAUCGUUAAUAAUAAGUAACUUUCUCAACAAUAA